GACGGACGUGGAUCUCUUAGACGACUACUUCGUGCGAAUGCAAGAGUUGGUAGAGAAGUCCGAGUCGGUCAGGUUGAACAAGAUGUUGUAUCUGAUCUGGAAGAUGCCACACUACGUGACGUCCUACCAUCAGGACACACAUGUCCCGCCGCACUUUACCGUCUACAAUCAGGUUUCCGGCGCAAGCGUUUUCCACUUCCUGCCACCCCUGGUUGGCUGCUACGUCACGCAUGUCGGGCGGAGGGACAUUUCUGCGCUGAAGGAGGUGUUGGAGAGGCUGGAUGCAAUGCAGCUGGGCUCACUGGCAGUCCUCGGUCCGGGUCAGGUUGCUUUGAUCAGCCCCUUCGGUUCCCACGGCGUGUGGGUGCCUUCCCAGGCCUACAACGAGAAGCUGCCAGGCUUCUCUGUCUCAGCCAUCCGGGCCGUCGAGCUCUUCAUGCGGGAGCAGCUGAGGGUAGCGAACUGGGAAUUGAAGCUCCCCACCUGGAACCAAGUCUGGCCA